AUGGGUAGAAUUGAGCUGUUUCUUUUCCUUAGUUUAAUUGGCUGCUUCUAUGCAGCCCAGCCAACUGUGGAUGAAAAGGUUUCUUACCUUCAAGAUCUCAUGUAUCGUCAGCCAGUUAUGCGUCUGAACUUGGAUCGCUGGAGAACUUAUGUACGUACCCAACCUAGAAAUUAUUCUAUGAUUGUCAUGUUCACUGCUUUAUCGCCAGGUGUUAAUUGCCCAAUUUGCAAACCUGCCUAUGAUGAAUUUGUUAUCCUUGCUAACUCAUACCGUCAUCAACAUAUCGAUGCUAAGAGUGUUUAUUUCGGAGUUGUAGAUUAUGAAGAGGCACCUCAAAUUUUCCAACAAAUGAAUCUUAACACUGCUCCUAUCUUGUAUCAUUUCGGUCCUAAGCUCCAAGGAAAGAAGAAGCCUGAAAAGAUGGACUUCCAAAGACAUGGAUUUGAUGCCGAGGCUUUGGCUCGUUUUGUUUCUGACAACACCGACAUGAAUAUCAGAAUCACUCGUCCACCUAACUACACCUUCACCAUUGUAGCCAUUUUCCUAGUUGUUCUUCUCAUAGGUCUCGUCUAUCUCAAGAGAGACAGUUUGGAGUUCGCCCAGAAUAAGACAACUUGGGGAUUGAUCUGUGUGACUGUUGUGUUCAUCUUCAUGUCUGGACAAAUGUGGAAUCACAUUAGAGGUCCACCAUUCGUGAUGACCAACCCUAAUACCAAGGAGACUAGCUUCAUUCAUGGAUCUACUCAAUAUCAACUCGUUUCCGAAACAUACAUUGUCGGAAUCCUCUAUGGAAUUAUUACAUUUGGCUUUAUUAUGCUCAGCGAUGCUAUUGGAUCGGAAGACAAAGUUGACAAGAAGAAACACAAGCCGCUCAUCACCUUCCAAGGACAUACUAUGGUCUACUUCGCCCUUGGAUUGGUCGCGAUCUUCUUCUCGUUGUUGAUUUCAAUCUUCCGCAGCAAGUACCGUGGAUAUCCUUACAGCUUCCUCUUUAGUUAA